AACAAUAAUAAGUAAAAUCAAAUAAGCAUGCUUGUUUUAAGUAACCCACAACCCAAUUUAACUUGUCAAUUUGUAGUUAAUAGGCGAAAAGCGUAUAUUUAUGGGAGAUUGUGAUUUGAUUUUGGUUAAUUUAAUUGGUAGAACUAGAGAAAAAAUGCUAAUGAUAUUACUUUAGGCAUACUUUGUUUUUUCUUAAAUUGCCGAUUGGUAGAUUGUAGUUUACUAUAGGCAAAAUACACUUGUAUAGCCAAAACUUUCACGUUUGUGACAAUAAUAGCCAAAUUUGGAGAAAUACCACUUAUAGCCAUUUCCACUCAAUUCUUUAACGGUGUUAGUUUUAAAUCUGACCGGACAAACGGAGAUGGUGCUAGUUUUAAGUCUGACCGGACAAACGGAGAUGCUGACGUGGCGUGCACUUUCAGCCAAUUUUGUCUAUGAAAAUCCACGUGGGUUUAGGGAAUGAAGAAAAAAAUGAAUAAUAGAGGUUGCAGAGCUGAACAAAAAUCAGCUACAUUUUCUUCUCUGUGUAUGAACAGAGAGCCCGGAGGGUAAAAUGGUGUUGGCAACAAGGAGCAUUUGGAAUUGAAUCAGAAACUCAAUGUAAGAGUUCAUCACGAAGAUCAUUCUAGCCUGAAGGAUGAAUCAGACAACAAGAGGCCUAUCAAUGGUCACAGAGCUGGAGAAGCGGCAAUAGUGUACUAGCAUGGAGUAGAUAUUGAGAACAAAUGUCGAAACUCCGCCGUCCCUACUACUACACAGAGCCGCGCAUCCAAGAACUGGCGGCUAAGGAAAGGCCGAACUGGGUUGCUGCCGCCUUCAAAUUUUGUCUAUGAAAAUGGAGGUUGGUUCCAUCGACUGGCGGCGAUUGAAGCCCUGGCGACUGAAGAUUCCACCAAGCCAAACUUCCAACAAUUCAUCUUCCCCAAAUCGCCAUUUCCAGAUAACAACCUCCAGAUCCAAUCCCCCCUAAAUCUCAGUCGCGCUAUACAAAUUUAUUUCAAAAGGGUACUCGAUCUACAACCCCCAAGUCUCCUUCCCUUCUUCUUCCCUCGGCCUAAACCAGAUUACCCAGUCUCAAAUGCUCCAGAUCCAAGCACAAUUCCAGCUCCAGCAGGCAAGCAGAGGAGAAUUUUCUCCCCCAUCGAUGCCAGGCAACCAUGGUAAUCCUCCUCGUACAUUCUGCCGCCGUCAAAUUUCUUUCACCCAACCCAGAUCUGAUUAAUCUGACUUGUCACCAGCUCUAGCUUGGGCUUUCGCUAUUUCGGUGCCUCUGGUUACCACGACGCAUCAUCGAUCUAAUUGAUUCCCCAAGCGGACGAAUCAGAGAAACUCCUCUAGCGAUCGAUGCAUCAUGCAUAAUCACCGCACCAUUCAGAGCUUGGACGUAUUGGCGGCAAGGUGCUAGCGGUCGACGGCAGAGAAGCGACCUGGUAUGGCGGCGGUGGAGGUGUUGAAGGAGGAUGAACGGUGGAAUAGGGCGUUGAUGGCAGAGGGGGAUGGAUGUUGGAAAUGGAGGGGGUCAGAGAGGGCAAAGCAAUUUGUUGUCGGCGGCAGCGGUGUGAUAGCAAAGGGGAAUUAGGGUUCCUAUGACAAAGGGAACGACAGUAGACAUGGGAGAUUUAUGAGGUUUUUUAAUUAAAAUAAAAUUAAUUAGUUUUUUAAUUAAAUUACAAAAAAAAUUGUAAUUUAUUUUUUUAAUAUCUGACGUGUCACUUAUGACUUAUUUGGCACUGACGUGUAAGCUGAGUUGGCGCCUAUUCAGCUAACAAUAAAAGAAGUUGACGGUGUUAAAGUAUCUAACGGAAAUGACUAUAUUUGUCCAACACCUUUUACAAAAUAUGGCUAUAAGUGGUAUUUCUCCAAAUUUGGCUAUUAUUGUCACAAACACGAAAGUUUUGGCUAUACAAGUGUAUUUUUCCUUUGCCAUAUAUUGAUCGUAAACUAAUUUAUUUUAACUUAAUUUGAUUUUAGACGUAUGUUGAUUCUCUUUGGUUGAGUGACUAAUUUAUGAAUGGUCAUGUAGUUGUGUAUGUCGAAAAAUGUUUGAUUUGCAACAUAAACGAUGAAUGUAUUUUAAAAAAAUCUCAAGAUAUGAAAAAUCGUCAUAAUUCGUAGUAAACAUGACGUUGUGAACUUAUAAAUAAAUUUCCAGUAAUUUCUUAUAAUUUUUAUUUAAUUAUUUUAUUUAUUAUAAUUUUUUAUCGGCGAUACCCCUCUUCAAUAAUUCUGGUUCCGCCACUGUUGAUAUGUAUAUAUCUAAUAUGAAAUUUCAUGUAUAAUUAGAAAAAAUUCUAGCUAAGAAAGAAAGGAAAGCUCUAAAGAAAAAAUAAAAAUGAACAAAAUGUGGAACUGAAGUAUGAAAUUCCACUCUUUCAAAUCCUAAAACCUUGUCUUUUGAACUCUCACAAAGUUCAAGUAUAUUUAUUUCUCUCGCAAAUGUCGAGUAUAUUUGUCUCUCGGCAUCGUCUUAUUUUCUUGCACUCGUGGUCCUCUCCAUACUCGAAAAAACAACGAUCUAUUAAUAAGUGGAAAAGAACUCCCUUUUAAUUAUACUGGAUAUUAAAUUUAAAAAGUAAGUGGCUCAUAAUUCAAUUAGUUAUCUUUAGACUCAGUGGUGAAUCGUUUAUGGAACCAUUCAUACUUGUUAAUCAGAAUACAUAUAUAAUAUAGUUACUAGUUCUGUGUCCGCCCGAUGGGCGUACAUUUUAUUUUUCUCAUUUUCACAAUAAUGAUAGGCUACUAUUUCUCUUUGUAUAUACUUAUUAAGAUGAUUUAUUAUUCAAUCUUUGUCUGAUAGGAGGGCUGCCACAUUUAGUUUGAUUGUGGAUAGGAGUAGUGAUCAUGCAAACCAAUAAGAGUCACUCUUUCAUCACCAUUUUGAAGAUCAUUAUUCACGAUCAUAUACUCUUUGACUGACCAACAAUUUUCAACUUCAUAUAUUGUUCAUAAUUUUUCAUUGAUUUUGAUUUUCCUGCAUCUAUAUGUUUGGGUCAAAUAUUUAUUAACGUCUAACAUUUCUUUCAGCCCCGUGAUACAAAUUCACGCAAAUAAUUCAAAUUAUCAUAUGUAAUGAUAGAUUCAACGAUAUUUUAAUAUUUCCCACUUGAUGAGUGUAUACCCGAACAAACUUAGUAAUUGAACAUCCUUGUGGUAGUAGAAUGCUCAAUCGAUGGUAAAUUGGUCCAUGAUUGAUAUGUAUAAUCCAUGUCCAUCAUACAAAUAAUGAUCUAUCUUGUCGCUCAUAUAACUAAAGUCAAAAGAUAUCAAUGUUGUGCAGAAAAAUUCACAUAUUUUGUAAAUAAGCACCUAAUAAAUAAACAUACUUUAGAUCAAUGAAAGUGAGAGACUAUUGCCCGGUGUCCAGUUUGUUGGGAAGGUGAUACUCCAAAAACACAACACCUAACAAAGGCCAAGUGUAACCAAUGGAAGGGACUGCAGUAUAGUGGCUCAAGUGAUAAAUAUCGAAUUCACGGGUCUCUAGAGUUACUAUUACUCAGCUUCAGUUUAUUAUUUAGCAAACCAAAUUAAGAUAAAAGAACUAAAACUACUCUAGCAAACUACAGUUAAAGUUAAUCUAAUUACAGGUUGGGAACUCACUUAGGUAUGAUUCCCCCUAGCCACUAGCCAGACUAACGAUUGAUGAUUUCCAACUUGUUUCACUUUCAUUCACAAUGCGGAGAAUCCUUGAGUAGACCUUGAGUCUCGACUAAAGGAACAAGGCCCUCUUGAGUCAAUUGCCUAGAGGGACGUAUCCUUCUCUAGAACAACUGAUCAAGGCGUUCUGAACUAGACUCCCUCUAUCGAAAGAGGUUCUCAAUCGAUACAAAGCAGUGAAUCAACCCUCGACUAAAGCAAUUGAUCCGCUACUAUCAAUCUAUGGUGCUCUAUUGACCUAAUCAGGUAUUCCCUCUCAUAGGAUCAAAGCAGAAUCAAUAAUCUCGACUAAAGCAGAAUUGAAUCAUGAAAACAUGCAUAGAUUGAAUAUGAACUCAAGAUUAUCCAGUCAGAGUACUCAUACAAUCAUCCAAUCAAACAAACAUAGCUAGGGUUCCUCAAAACCUAAGUGAAGGGAAGUUACUCCAUAGAGAAGAGAGAGACUGCAGUAAGAAUCUUCAGAUGAUCAGUCUUCAAGUCCGGGCUUGUUCCUCGAGCUCCCAAGGCGAAGAAAUCCUCCUUCUCUACUCCAAGAAUGCCCUCAAAUCGCCCUCUCUCUCUAGGGUUCGUCCCUUGGGUGUUUGGGAUCCAAAACCCAGCUCUCCCUCCUCUUUGGUUCGAAAUUUGGCUUAAAACCAGGAAAUCCCGACUCGCACGGCCAGGGUGCACGGCCGUGCAUAUCACCAUUCUGGCCGUGCAACUCAAAACGCAGCGUGUCAUUUAGUCGAACUUCAGCCCUCUCGCACGGCCAGGGUGCACGGCCGUGCAUAUCACCAUUCUGGCCGUGCAACUUGCUCAGCCUCUGUUUAAUGCUUCGUUUCUCCCUCGUCCGGACUCCGAAUCAAUCGCCGUUUGAUCCCAGACGCUCGUAGUCUCGUCCUCUUUCGUUUCAUAACAAGCUUGCAUGAUUCUUUGUCCAUAAAGUGAGGUAGAAAUCCAUUCUUCUUCAGGUCAUGCCCGAGUUUCUUCUCUCGAAUCGUCAAUUGAUCUCUGAUUGACUUGAAACUUGCGCCUAUGCUUCACUUUAUGUGCUAGGACCUGAAAUGGGACAAAGGAAUACAACCUAGCAUAAAAUAGGCCAAAGACGCAAUAAUUCAAGCUCAAACAAUCAAGAAACAAAGGGGAAAACAUGUGCAAAUACCGAGUCAUCAGAAGGCCCGGAGACAAUGGAACAUUUGUUCCUUUAUUGUUCGGUGGCGCGGGCCCUCUGGGAUUAUUCGGGGCUGGAAUACUUGGGAGAGGGUUUGCCUCGGCAGACUUUCCCUUUGUUUCUCAAACGUCUGUUGGGUUUGAUCCAUCAUUCUGAGAUGGUUAUGGCUGUUGUUGCCAUCCUUUGGCGGAUCUGGAGAUCUCGGAAUUGGGUGGUCUUUGAAGGCAAGCAAUUUGGGAUUCCGGCGCUCAUGCGACAGUUUAACCAGCAGGUUGAGGAAUGGAUGGGUCUUCCGGCGGAUCAGGCGCCUAGGGUUCAGCUCCCGAUAAUGCGCGCAACUUCACAUUUGGAUGGUGCCCAUUGGGUUUGCAUGUGGGACGGGGCUACUAAGAGUGGGUCUCAUUCGACUGGUGGGAUGGUUCUUUUUGACCCAGCUCGGGCUCUGUUGCUGGCUAGAGGGGUCCAGUUCGCGCACAUGGAUGAUCCUGCGGUGGUUGAAUUGCUUGUGCUGAGGGAAGCUAUUAGAGCAAGGUUUGUCGGAGGUCUGCUUUGAGGGCAACGCGAAGGUGAUAAUUGACAAAAUUAAUCAGGCCAACACAAGCGAUAGCCGGUUGGGUGCUGUUCUUGAAGAGAUUGUUCAUUACUUUCGUGUUCAGCCUGGCUUUAGAGUGCGUUUUGUAGGACGAGAGAACAAUAGGGUAGCUCAUUUGGUAGCUAGGAAAGCCCUCUCUUUGUACCCGACCAUGAGUCGUUUUUUUUAUUUCCAGACCUGGCUGGGUUCCAGGGUGUAACUAUCUUCUGUUUUGAUCAAUAUAUGAUAUCUUUUGAC